AUGGAUCUUUUCCCCCAUAGCCAAACCCUCGCUUCUGCAUACGAGAGUGCUAGCCUGGUUGAUAACCAUAUCGACCCCUUCGCUAUCCCCAACAACGGACAUGUCGACCCCUUCGCUAUCCCCAACAACGUACAUAUCGACCCCUUCGCUAUCCCCAACAACGAACAUGUCGAUGUCGUCACCACCGGCAACCAGUUUCAAGACGACCUUGACCUUGGGGAGGAAUUGGAUCUUGUUCCUUUCCCGUUCGCUCCCCCUCCCAGAUUCCCGUUGCACAGAGCUGAAACUGGUUGUCGCCUUUCAGAACUUUCAGCUACCAGCGGUAAUUCUACGCCAACUACCAAUGCACCUUCCACCUCGGCUGUUGGCGUUCAAGAGCAGUUCGCGACCCUCCAGGCCGAAGCUAAGAAGAGAAAGGCUGCCAGUCAUUGGUCACCCGAUGUUAUUGAGAGGACAGUACAGGAGUUGGAGAGAAAACGAGCGGAGGACAAGCGCCAAUCCAAAGCCACGUUGCCAAAAAUGAAAGAUACUCGGAGGUUACAAGCGUAUCGGGGUAACGCGGUCAUGCAGGACGUUUCUUUACAGCUCUCCCGACUUCACGAGAACUAUCAAAUCGCCGGCUUUCUCCUGCUUAUGCCUCUCGAUGCAGACCAUCCUUUCAUGCCCCAGGCUGUUGUUAAGAGUCCUUACCUUGAGGCGGUAUUGCAAAAGCGCUGGGGCAUCGGCGGGAACGACUCCGGACAAAGCCAGGCUGUUCUCCUGUCAAUCCAGGCAGCGAUUCAUGAGCUUCGUGCUCGCCGUCAGGAUGCCUACACCGCUGCUGUGACGGGAACCGGCUCCACUGCCUCACUUGCGGUCCAGCAUUCCCGUCUGUCGUUGCAAGCUCAGCGAUCGCGAUUGACAGAGGAGAUUAAUAAUGUCAUGAGUGCUGGACUCAGCAAGAAGAUGACUACAGUUCCUUGGACGGGAAUGAAUGUGGUCUGUUUGGAGCGGGAUGUGUGGUGGGAAUGCGUUAAGGUCGACUUCGACUGGGGGUUGCUCUUGUACCUGGGUGAAAUAUAUGUCAAAGGGCAACUUGUCCUCAAGAGUAUCAAUGAUUACGAUGCCGGUUACGCUACCGCCAUCCGUACUGCAUUGAAACAGAUGGCCUUGAAAAACGACAACAAGGCUGCGAUUAAGCGAUUUUUUGGAAGUAAUCCCCCAUCCUUCUCGUCAUCUGAGCUCGACCGCUGCAUAGCACAGCUUCCCGUCGACGCCAAGCCUUACAGCGAGGGUCGAGGUCAUGUUCCCGGACUGACGAGGGACCGAGCCUAUGGCGACGUUUACGUCGCCAUGGACUCGGUCCAGAGGCGGUCCGGGAACAUGACCUCGACCCGAGCCCGGGAUAAUGAACUAUUGAGACCCUCAGUCAUAUGUUCCGGAAAGAACCACAAAGAGUCCUCGAUGAGAGAUGUCUGGCCGUUCCCGCGAUCCCCGGUUAGCGAUUCGUGUUCCCGCAAAAAUCUCGCGCGUUCCCGCACGCAAAAAGUUAAUUCCCGUCGUCAACUCGAACCACGUACCACUUCAUCCCAACAAAAAGGUCGCAUGUGA